GAUGACUCUGAGUAGGAGGAACAUCCUAUUUUUCCUGCACAAUAAAUAAUGCUGCGUUAUCACACGUUCAUUUCUUUGCUGUGUUUUGUUGCUGUGAGUUGGUGGGAAGCGGUGGAACUGAGGUCUCAGCUGAACAGGAAAAAAAAAAAACAACAACCAUGGACACAAUGGAAAUAGAUGACAGCUUGUAUAUUAGCAAGAACCUCGUUACUCACGUGGAUUUACGCGCCAGUAAAGCCUCCAGACAUGCGGCCGCGUGUCUCGGAGUACUGUGCGCUCUCCUGUUGGCUGGUAACAUAGGACAAGUCGUCUUCUACGAGAUAAUCAGCCGCUGUGCGUCAGCCGACCUGAGGACGGCCAAUUACAACACUGCGACUCAAGCGAAGAAGCUCCAGAAUGACACUGAACUCCUGACGCCGGAGGGAGAGAGGCUGCAGAGCGGUUACGACGCUUUAAAAGUGGAGAAAAACCAGCUGCAGAUCACGCUGAGCGAGGUCAACAAGGAGAAAGACGAGCUGCGGCGAAGCUACAACCUGAUCGCAAACGAAAGGGACGAGUUCAACGUCACUUUGAGCGGCGUGAAACAUGAGCGGGACCGGUUGAGAGAAAGCUACGGCGCCUUGAAACGAGAGCGCGACCGGCUGCAGGCGAGCUUUGGUGACGUGCAGAGGAGCCUCGAGGGGCUGCGGAAUGAUCACAAGAACCUGACGGCAGGUAAAGAGCAGCUACAGGCCGAAUACAGUAACCUGCAAAGAGAAAGGGGAGAGUUGCAAACUCGCUUCGGCGCGCUCGUAGACAAAAACGUUCAGCUAGAGAGCAAUUACUCUUCGCUGAAGAGGAGCAGGGACCAGUUGCAAAGAAGCUACGAUACGCUGAGUAUGAGAAAGAGUCAUAUUGAAAGUAGCUAUAAUUCACUGUGGACAGACAAAGACCAACUGCAGGCCAGGUACAAUGCUCUGAGGAAGGAAAAAGUGCAACUGGAGGCCAACUACAGCAGACUGGAAGCAGGUAGAGGCCAGCAGCAAAGGAGCCUCAACAAGAUGAUGGGUAAAGUGAGAGGAAUGCUCUGUCAGAAAAACUGGACCAAGUUUGACACCAGCUGCUACUUGGUUUCGAGCCAGAAGAAGAACUGGACGGCGAGUCGGGAAGCCUGCAUGGCCGAGGGAGCAGACCUGCUCGUCAUAGAGAGCUUUGGUGAACAGAUAUUUGUUAACGGGCUGCUGAAAAAAGGAGAGAACGCCUGGAUCGGCCUCACUGACAGUAUUGAGGAGGGGUCUUGGCUGUGGGUGGAUGGGACUCCGCUCACCACAGAGUACUGGCAGCGUGGGCAGCCCAACGACUACCACAGGAACCAGGACUGUGGAGAAUACGUGCAAAUGUCGGCGACGGACGGGGGGAAGUGGAACGACGACGGCUGCUUCGCCGAUCAGAUGUGGAUCUGUGAGAAGUGACGUUGUUUCCGCUGCUGACGAAAAGGUUUCAUGUUUAUAACGUCAACCAACUAGUGGUCCUGUUAACGAGUGUGAGCCAAAGCCUGGUUCGGUUUCAGUUUCUGUGCCACAGCUCAGCUUUUGUCCAACAGGGAUUUUUAAAAAAUGGCCAUUUUCUGUUAAAUAAACAGAUGCUGUAAUACUGCAGCACCUUAAAUGCACCAGAACAUGAAUUAUGCAUUAAUGCACAGAACAAAAUAGUCCCCAACCAAGUAUUUAUACCUCUUUCCAUGUUGCAUGUUAUUUGUGAGAAGCUACAGUGCCCCAGCCGGGCGUAACCAUUAUUGACAAGAACUCGUGAAUCUGGUAACACGUCAUUUGGAUUUCAUUUCAACCAUGGACUGUAGGAAAAUGGACAACGUAACUUCACUUUAGCCCAUUAGUCAAACUGAGCAUCCAGACUGCACUUAUUUUUAAUAUUUACUUUUACUUCACUGAGUGGCUGCCAUGGCAACUGUCAAUCAUCAUGAUGUUGCAACCUCUUUUUACACUAACUUCUCAGAUAAAUGGAGUGUUGGACAAACAUCAGCAUUAUAUGACCUACCUAAAAUGUCAGAAAUCAUUCAUUAUUAUUUGACGUGUACUUUAGUGUUUGAGCUUGGACCAAGUCCCAUCCACUAACAUGGAGGGGGUGGAGCUUAUGACCUAUACUGCAGCCUCCAGCCACCAGGGGGAGCUCUACUUGCUUUGACUUCACUUUAGAGGAGCUUUCAUGGUUUCCACUUUUUAUACAGUCUAUGGUUUCGUGGUUCAUUCUAGUAUUUGAAAAACAGCCUAACAACCAAUCGGAGCCAUUCACUCGUUAACUUUCCUGAAAGAUUUGAUUGGUCUGGCAGAUCUUUGCCAGAGUCGAUUUGAUUUCCACUGCAAAUAGUACAUAAACUGAGCCAUCUUUUAAUGACAUACUCUUAUGGAACUAAUGUGCUUGGAUUUAAAUGAUGUUUAAACUAAAUUUCCAUCAAAAAUGUCCUUUUUUCCUGUUUCUUUCUUUUGCUCUUAUGACUUUAUUACAGUUGUGAUUAAUAUUUCUGAUAUUUCCAGCACUUACCAUUAAUUCUUUGUUUGAAUAAAAAUAGAUUUCGCUUUUGUGUGAUUAUCUGAUACGCAAGAAAACAAAUUACAGAGUAAGUAAGACGGCACAUGCGUACAAUACUUUCUCAUGCUAUUAAUUAUUUACUCUACUUCCACAGGAUUGAUUAAACUGAAAUACAUUCCCCGACACAAACUAAUUUCUCUCUGUGUUUCCGAGGGAAAUGCACUCCUUGUGUUUGAGAUGUGAAUGCAAUUAGCUAGCACAGUCGAAUCAAUUAUUUAAGGUCUUUCCUGUGUGGCUACUAUAUACUGUAUGGUUAAAGUUAAGGCAAUAAGAAGAAGUUUCUUAAAAAAAUAAUGGAACAAACAUUUAAAAAUGUGUCUUUCUUUUUAUGAAAGAUAACUAGCUCUGAUAUACCAAGUAAGAAGCAGGUUGAGCUGGAGUUUUCCGACAAUGCUGAAUGAUGUACAGUGAAUAAAAUCCCUUUAAAAUC